AUGAAAAUAAAGGCGAAUUUUUAUCCGAAAAGAAAAUUAUUUUACAACUUCGGAUGUGCCUAUACAUAUUUGGCACAAAUGAAUGAACGAACGAACAAACUUCAGAGUUACAAUAUGAAUAAGAAACAUCCAAUUGCUUUACCACUUAUGUACAACAGCGAACAAAAGAAAAAUGAAAGUCAUGCUCUUUGA